GAAUUACAGAAAAUCAAGAUGGCAGCGCCCAUGACUGCAUGAGAAAACUGAAAAGUAGUCUUUAAGAGAUGAUACAUAUUUGUCUAAGAUAACUGAUAUGGGUAAACAGAAAAGAAGUCGACAAAAAUUUCACAACGCAGCAGUAAAACCUAAAGGAGACAAAAAACAGGAAGAUGAGGAUGCUACUUUGGAGAGCAUGGACACUGCUUCCAUGUCUGGUAGAUCAGCCCUGACGAGUAACGUCUUCAAGAACUUAAAGAUUGACAAGGAAGCCUUGGUACAGAAACUUCCGAAUGACUGGGACACCAAGAGUGCCAUUACUAGCACCUCACUGAAGGGACUACAACUAAAGAAGAAGGACCGAAAGAAACUGAGACAUGAACUUCUGGUCCAGAAGUUGGAUGCCGUGGAGGCCGCUAAGAAGGCAGCCAAAGAGAAAAAGAAGAAACAGAGUACGCCAGUGGUGGGGGACAUUGGAUUGCUGGGAGAGGCCCUCCCCACACUGGACAUGCUCCUCAAAAGUGACGAGCACAAGAAAAAAGAAAGUAAUAAAGAGAAACCACGAAGUAUACCUAAAGAGAAAAAAAGACAGAAGCAAAUGAUGAAAGACAUUGAGUUAUUUCGCCAAGUUUAUACCCACCCAUCCUAUGCAGAGAAUCCAAGGGGAACAAUUCAUGAACAUUUACAAAACAAACUCAAACAGGAAAAUGAAAUGGAUUUAUAGCACUCAAUAGUUUUCCUGGAAAAGUAAAUCGCUUACAUGGCCUAUAAUGCUAUUUUAUUUGAGACUUGUCACUUGUGCAAUUGUUAUGUUUAAAGUAUUAUUCUUAAUACUUGAAGUAAAACUAACUAAUUGUUUUAUAUCUUUGUCAAUAUUAUAGUUGAAAUGUUUUUGUAUAUUAACAAAACACAUGUGUGAGUACAUGUUUGCAAAAAUAAAAGAUGCUCUAAU